CGGCCCUGUUCGGGUUCAAAAGGGUACGAAGUACAGUACCUACAUACUUACACACGCGGAAUUUGUUUAUCCACAUUAGAUGCGUUCUGGAUACCGUGACUGAUACCGUGACUGGGUGAUCAGAGACGCGACCUCCUCAAGGCUGAUUACACUGAUUAUACUGAUUACAUGCCGAUAAUUUAUAAAACAUCCUAUCGGAGUUGUUGCUUGCUGCAUUGCAUGGUGUUUUGUUGCGACGCACCUGAUAUCCUACCUAUUUAAGUACGAGCAAUUACACCAUAAGCCGUCGCCAAAAAGAAGGAUAGAAAGAUACUACAUACAAUAAGCCCUGCAAGUAAAAUAAGAUGAGCGGGGAACAGCCCAUUGCGCUUCGCCGCACGCCGCGGAGUACUGCGAGACCAAGGCCAACAUCACCAGAUCCUUCGCGUUUGCAAAUUCCCGGUACCAACACAUCGACAAGUUCAAGGACACCAAGUAAACCAAAAUCUAAGAAGAGAGUCCGAUUCUCAGACCCAGGGCCCGAACUUGACGGCCACCACCAUGGGUCCUCCGCCUCUACAGGCCUAACACCAUUUGUCCGCCGCACCUCUUUAGGCCCCGCCGCACCUUCGCCAAAGCGUAGGCGUCAUUCAACGCCACUUCGUCGCAGCGCACAUCCAGGAGACGAAGAAGAAGAUGAGUUGAGCAGCACCAGCAACCAAGGCCAAGAAAUCCGUUUUCUCUCGCUCCGCCAAGUCCUCGAUGACCGCACCAAGCGCCGCAUUCGACGGAAUGGCUUGAGCGAAGAGAUGAACAUCAUUAGCCAGGAGAAGCGGCAACGUGCACAUGACCAGGCCCAGGAGCUCCAACGACUACGGGAUCAACUAACGGAGAAGGACCGAGAGAUCGAGAGGCUACAGAAUAACACCAAUACCACCGUGGCCCAGGAUACCGACCGGAUCCUAGAGUUGGAGCAGGAGAUCAACGCGCUUAGAGAUGACCUACGCACUCGCUCAGCCAGGCCGGAUCCUGAUCAGACGAUGCACUACGACUGGACCUUGGCCGCGCGUGAUCCAUUCUCUAAUAGUUAUAUGGACGUGGACACGAACAUGGACAUGGGCGUGGAUGACGACGACGAUGAUGAUCACUUCGGCAACGCCACAAUGGCAAAUCUAAUAACUAGCACGCCGUCCAAGCGUCGGGCAUCAGCAUCGUUUCCCACGCCUCCCGCCACCAGCCCAACCAUUCCCUUCACCCCCUGUUCAGAGCGGAGAGGCAGAACUCCCAUCACGCCUGAGUCGCACCACACCGGUGUGCAAGCCUCGCUCCCGGAUCCAGAGAAAGAAGCUCUGGAAGCCGAGCUUUGCUCUUUACGUCUCGAGCUGACCAAGCUAACGGAAGUCCUCGAGAGCCACGAGGAUCUCAAGAUGCGCAUUGCCAACAAGCUCGCCACCACUACCGCUGCUACAACUGCUACUUCUACUACUAAGCCCGAGGACGAUAACCAGGACACCAAAGACGUAGAAGCGCACCUCGACACCAUCCUGCAAGCCCUCUCGGACCGCACCGCCACCCUCACCCACCUCAACACCUCCCUCACCUCCCUCGGCUUCCGCGGCGCCGACGCCAGCGAAGUCGUCACCUCCCUCACCGGCGCCUUCCGCUCCGCGCGCCUGGAACUCGAGUACCUCACGCCCGGCGAGCUAACCCUGCCCCUCUCCUCCCGCGGCGCCCAAGUCCUCGACCUCGUGCUCCGCCGCCUCCGCGACCUCGCGCGCCAGGUCCAGGACGACGAGGCCGCCAUCGACGAGUACCACGCACUCGAGCUCUCGCUGCGGCAGCAGCUCGGCGCGCGCGUCGACGCGAUGGACUCCCUGCGGGAGGAGAGGGAGCGGGAGCGGGUCGAGAAGGACGCGCGGAUCGCGGACCUCGAGCUCGGCGUCGAGCGCUUCAAGGGCGCCGUUGAGGGGUACCGGCGGGACGUCGUCGAGCUCGAGAGCCUGGUGCUGCGGAUGGACGAGGAGAGCCGGGUCGCGGAGGCGGCGCUGCAGACGAGGGUCGACGGCGCAGAGACAGAACUGGCCGAUACCCGGGCCGCGGCCGCGGAGCUCGAGGCGAAGCUGGUGGUGGUGAGGGAGCAGGCGGACGCGUGCAAGAGGCAGCUGGUCGAUUUUCAGAAGAGGAGGGUCCUCGAGAUCAGGGCGCUGAACAAGUACCACGGGACGGCGCUCGCGGUGCGCGACGCGCGCGUCGUGGAGCUGCGGCGCGGGAUCGAUGAGGUGAAUCGGAGUCUGCACGAGGCGAACACGACGGUGCAGCAGCUACGGGUGGAGAAUCUUGGGUUGGCGCGGCGGGUGGAGGAGGAGAAGAGCAGGGCGAAGGGGGCGGUGGAGGAGAUGAAGGGGGAGCUGGAGAGGAUGUUGAGGAUGAGCGCGGAGUUGUUGGCUACGCCGAAGAAGAAGAAGAAUGGGCAGGGGCAGAAGGAGAGGCCGUAUAACACGAGGAGUAGGGCCAAGUCGUCGUCGGCGGCUGGGAAUGCUGCUGCUGCUGCCGCUGCCGAUGUUGAUGUUGAUGACGAUGAAGAAGGAGAUAUUACUACAACGCCUGAUGGCAGCCCAUUGCGGCGGUCCGGAACAUAUCUCUCCGGCGCUCUCGCGAAGACGGGCAAGGGGAAGAAGAAGCGGAAGUAUGAUAGCGGGCUGGGGCUUCUGGACGAGGAUGACGAUGGGGGUAUUGAUUUGGUGUAG